AUGCUUGUUACGGGUCUGAUCACUUGCAUAACCGGCUCCGUCUCCGCUGCGCACGAGGCCAACCGUUUCGCCUGUGGGUUGGGGUUUUUCUCGGGGAAGCGAGUUUGUGCCACUGUGCCCGUUUCGUCAACCGUGGGACUCGACCUGGUAUUCGGUAUCGACGCACCAUUUGACGGCCAAAAAUUGACCGGUGUUAGUAUUCUCGAGUCUGUUCUCUGGUUGAGCUCCACUUAUCACUUUGUCUGGUCCAGCUGUCUUCUGAUCUUAGUAAAGCUCUUUGACCCCCAAGAAGGCUUUUAA